CAAACCCUAGUUAGCUUUUGAAAAGCUUUAGUGCUCGAUGCUCCCAUGAAAACAAAUUCAAUUUUGAAAUAAAUAAAAUAAUAUACUGAAGGCUAAUAUUUUGUCACUACUGCAUUUUUUAUCAAAACAACGAAAUCUUGGAAGAAAUGGGUUGGAGUGAGUUUUUUGGUACAAACGACUUUAAUCGGAGGAGUGUGAUACUAUUGGCAACUGAAUUCUUUGGCACUCUUGCCAUCGUCUUUACUAGCAUUCUGACAAUGGCGCAACAAUACGUGGAUACCGAAGAACUGGAGAGAGCAGCACAAACUACUUCAAGUGGUGCUUCAAUGGAACAAAUAUCAUUCGGACUGGGUUUAGUGUUUGCCGCUGUGGCCCAGGCCCUCGGCCGACGUAGUGUUUGUCAUUUCAACCCUGCUGUGACUCUGGCUUACCUCGUUGUCGGUGAACUGAGCUUAAUUAUGAGCUUCUUAUUCAUGGUUGUACAAUGCUCUGCUUCUGCUAUUGGAGUCUGUGUGGCACUGUUUCUACUACCGGCAAAGUUGAAAAAUAAGCACUUGGGUGUGCCAAAGCAUCCCGAUGUGUCGGUGGUGGGCACGAUUGUUAUCGAAAUGCUGUUGACGUUCAUUUGGGUUUUUCUGGCGCGCAGUGCAGAGAGUCACAAAUCGGUUGGCUUAAGAGAUACCGCACCACUUGCCGUUGGUGCAACAAUAAUAGCGGCUUACUUAGCUGCUUAUCGGCUGACUGGAGGCAGUAUGAAUCCAGCUCGUACUUUUGGACCAGCCUUGGUGUACAUGGAUUGGGAGGAUCAUUGGAUAUAUUGGGUAGCACCAUUUGCGGGUGGUUUAUUGGCAGCUUUAACUUAUGAUUUAAUUUUUAAGCCUGACGAGUUUAGUGUUGAAUCCGAAGAGCAAAUCGCCGAGGAAUAA